GCUCCUCCGUCACUCGAGCUCCUCCUCCGGCCGGCCACCCCUGUCUCGGCCGCGUCCUCUCGCCCCCAGCAGCCGGGCCCGACGGCCGCGCGAGCCCGGGCGCGAAAGGCAAGCCGGGCGGGUGCCGCCUGUGUGGGGCCGUGCGGCGGCGACUACUGCGGACCGGGCCGGACAGAGCAGGACCAUGGCCGAGGCGGCCCCGGCUCCGACUUCUGAGUGGGACUCCGAAUGCCUUACAUCCCUGCAGCCCCUUCCUCUUCCCACGCCUCCAGCGGCAAAUGAGGCGCACCUGCAGACCGCAGCCAUCUCCCUGUGGACGGUAGUCGCAGCCGUGCAGGCUAUAGAGAGAAAGGUGGAGGUGCACAGCCGGCGGCUCCUGCACCUGGAAGGGCGGACAGGGACAGCAGAGAAGAAGCUGGCCAGCUGUGAAAAGACAGUGGCUGACCUCGGGAACCAGCUGGAGGGCAAGUGGGCCGUGCUGGGGACCCUGCUGCAGGAGUACGGGCUGCUGCAGAGGCGCCUGGAGAACCUGGAGAACCUGCUGCGGAACCGGAACUUCUGGAUCCUGCGGCUGCCCCCGGGUAUGAAAGGAGAUAUCCCAAAGGUGCCUGUGACAUUUGAUGAUAUCUCCAUCUACUUUUCCACCCCGGAGUGGGAAAAGCUGGAAGAAUGGCAAAAGGAGCUUUACAAGAAUAUCAUGAAGGGCAACUAUGAGUCUCUCAUCUCCAUGGAUUAUGCCAUGAAUCAACCUGAUGUCUUAUCUCAGAUUCAGCCAGAAGGAGAACACAAUACAGAGGACCAGGCAGGGCCAGACGAAAGUGAGAUCCCCGCCGCCGACCCCGGUGAAGAGCCUGGCAUUUCAACAUCAGAUAUUCUGUCUUGGAUUAAACAAGAGGAAGAGCCCCAGGUUGGGGCCCCACCGGAGCCCAAGCAGAGUGACGUGUACAAGGGAACCUAUGCUGAUGAACAGCUUGUCAUCAAAGCUGAAGGCCUUGCCAGGGCCUCCCUGUGCCCUGAGGUUCCAGUCACCUUCCCUUCUCCACCAGCAGCAGCAGCAAAGGAUACUUUUACAGAUGUGACUUUCAAAAGCCAGCAGUCUACGUCCAUGGCACCCUUCGGGCGUCCAGCCACUGACCUGGCAGAAGCCUCUGAGGGACAAGUGACUUUCACUCAGCUGGGUAGCUACCCCCUGCUGCCGCCAGCUGAGGAGCAGGUGUUCUCAUGCCACCACUGUGGCAAGAGCCUCAGCCAGGACAUGAUGCUGACCCACCAGUGUGGCCACGCCGGGGAGCACCCCUUAUCCUGCGCCCAGUGCCCCAAGCACUUUCCGCAGCAAGCCGAGCUGGGCAGCAACCCCCAGGCCCAUGCCACUGAGACACCCCCCACCUGCCCGCACUGCGCCAGGACUUUCACUCACCCGUCCCGACUCACCUACCACCUCCGGGUCCAUAACAGCACCGAGCGCCCUUUCUCCUGUCCUGAUUGCCCAAAGCGCUUUGUGGACCAGGCCCGCCUCACCAGCCACCGGCGAGCUCACGCCAGCGAGAGACCCUUCCGCUGCACGCAGUGCGGCCGGAGCUUCAGCCUGAAAAUCAGCCUCCUGCUCCACCAGCGUGGGCAUGCGCAGGAGCGGCCUUUCUCCUGUCCGCAGUGCGGCAUAGACUUCAACGGCCACUCCGCCCUGAUUCGCCACCAGAUGAUCCACACAGGCGAGCGUCCUUACCCAUGCACUGACUGCAGUAAGAGCUUUAUGCGCAAGGAGCACCUGCUGAACCACCGGCGGCUGCACACGGGCGAGCGGCCCUUCAGCUGCGCGCACUGCGGCAAGAGCUUCAUCCGCAAGCACCACCUCAUGAAGCACCAGCGCAUCCACACGGGCGAGCGGCCCUACCCCUGCGCCUACUGUGGCAGGAGCUUCCGCUACAAACAGACGCUCAAGGACCACCUGCGUUCGGGCCACAGUGGAGGCUGUGGGGGUGAGAGUGACCCAUCUGGACAGCCGCCCGAUCCUCCAGGUCCCCUCCUAACUGGGCUCGAAACCUCUGGUCUGGGCGUUAGUACUGAAGGUCUAGAGGCCAGUCAGUGGUAUGGGGAGGGCAGUGGAGGAGGAGUCUUGUGAACCUCCCUCCUUUCCUGGUUAUCCAUGUGCCUCCAGGGCAGGAGAAAGGCCCCUGCAGUAAUCCCCGUUGGCACAUUGGUGCGUUUGGGGUUCUGUGCACUUGGCUAGAGACGUUCUUCAGUUUGAGAACUUCAUAGUGUUACAAGAACAUCACAUUUUGAAACCCAGACAGACCUAGAAAGGAGCUCAACAUCCCCGUCUUUCAAAACUGUGACCUGAGCAGAGGUUGCAGGGAGAUAAGCAAGAUUUGGUGUCCGGUAAUUCAUCACAGGGUGGUAAUAGAUUGAGAAUGAUUGCAGUUCUGGGUAGAGACAGGUGCAUGGGAAGAGCCACCAAAGCUUGGAGCCCAUGUGAGGUGGAGCGUGUUUCCCUGAGCCUUUCGUUAGUUUCCUGAUGGGAGGACAGUUGGUUAAAAGAAAUUGGUCAAGCCUCGGUCUAUGUUCCUGCUCCUCCCGACACCAGCUCAAGUCCACUUGUGCUAGUGGACGCCUCUCCCCAAGUGACAGCUCAGUGCAUUCUUCCUGGGUUUCUUAGUCUAAUUCUUCUGAGUACAUUUUGUUAAAUAUCGGGUGAGCAAGACAUCUGACCUGUAAAGCUUUUUAAGGGCAACAGCUCCUACCUUUCACCAGCCUGAUUUGCAGCAUUCAGCCCCCCUGGCAUUUAAACUGCUAGAAACCCCUGCCGAGGUCCCUGUUAAAAAGUUGGGAGCAGGGGUCUCAGCCCUUCAAAGGCUAGAGGUCCCAGAGAAAUGACAGAACAGCCUAGCUGACAGUUGUGCCUGAACCCCAUUUCUUAGAGUCACUUGAAAUUCUUAUUAUUUACAAGCCUAUAAGAUGACUUUUCCAUUUCUGGUGUCUGAUAUUUUUGACAGUCCUCAGCAGAAAAGGUUACAGCAUUUUCCAGAAGUGUUACGGAGUUUCAGAAAGUGCCUGUGGACGCCCAGCUUCCGUUUCCCCCGCGGUGAGGUGCUUGUGUGAUAACGCAGCUUUGUUGGGCCACCACCUGGCCAUUCCCGCAUCGGCAAUGGGCAGGUUGAGGGGCUUCAGGUCACUGAGCGCUAAACACUGACACAGGGAUGGCCUCUUCCUGCUGGUUUUGCUUUUAGGGACCUUGGCUACCAUGUGUCCUUUUGUCGGGGUCACUCAGUCACCUGGGAGCAUUUGAGCCUUGUUCUGUACCUAACUGGCUUUGCAAUUGGGUGUAAGUCCCUUUCUUUCCUUUUACAGAGCUAAGAUUUUUGUCUGCAAAAUGAGGCUGGUGAAAGGGAAAAAGUGAGCUGCUAAGAAAAUUUUUUUAAAUCUUGUGAUACAUUCCUUCUCCUGCCAAAAUCCUAUCUCUGCCUCUGGCUUCUAUCCAAGCAACGCCAAAUAAGCCACAAAAUCAAAGCAGACACAUUCCUGCUGAAACUUGACUGAAAUCAGUUUGGUUUGUUGUUUUAGUUUUGCUUUGAGCCUGAGGUGGAAGACAGAGUACGCAGAGGCCCUAAGUCUCAGGCAGGUACGCCGUUUAUUGCCCGUCCUCUUGUCUCCCUGAAUCCAUCUGAGAUGCAUCAGAACAAGCUCUGGGAGUAGUUAGGACCCUUUGUUGAUGAAACAGUAAGGGAAGGACCCAUUUUCUCCUUAUCAUCUAGCUCAACCUUUACCCUACCUGGUUGUAUAUAACCACACUAGGAAAAAGCAUGCACCCCAGCCAGCUUUGCUCCUGGGGAGGCUUUGUCUGAACAUGCUGUUCUUCAGGAUAAUCACAGUUACUGCAUCUGCUCUGUGACAUUCACAAUACCAGGGAUCGUGGGAGACCUAAGAAAUGUGUAUGAGACCAUAACUUAGAGUCUGAAGGCGAUGAAGAAACCCAAGGGUAUAGAGCAAACUGCGGCAGAUGAGGAACAGAAUGCUGGCAUAUUGGGAGCUUUCUAGUAAGGAUCUGGACUUACACUAUGAGAAAAUGGGGGGUUCUGGGAAUUUUGGUUUCACAGGUGACCCACUAGGAACCUGAGUGAGAUCCAGCUGGGUUUGCACCUGGAUCUCCUUAAAGAAAAGGUAAAAGAAUUAAGUACUAUCUUAAGAUGGUGCGUUCCCUCUUCUGAAGCUUUUACCAGGGUAUGCUGAAGAGGGGAUUCUAGGUGUGACGCUGGCCUAGAUAACGUGGGUAACUCAAAGAUUUACCGAAGACAGAGUUCACUAAUGAAAGAGACCCAUGGGUGAAAAUGCUACAGAUAGUUCCCACAACCCCUUCUGCAAGGAACUGUAGUCGGCAGGGUCCCAAACUUUGGCAAGAAGUGAACAUGGUUCUGAUAGAUGAGUGAAACAAGAGCCAUGAAGCCGAAUGAAAGAGAGUGGGCAGGGCCAUGUCAGGAAGAUGGAGAGGGGUGUGGUCCUACUCUUUGGCCCUGGUGCAGACUAGGAGUUCAACUGUGGUACAUUCUGGUCUUCCCUCCCUCCACUGGACAGAACUCCAGGUCAGCUCCAAAUUAGAUUAGAGAGUGUGUUUGCCUAAGAUUCAAGAACGGAUAAGUAAAAUGGAUCAGUGGAAAAGAUAAAGCCUGACAGAAAGGCUUCAGUGUACAGGGAAGCUUGGUCCAUCAAAGGCUCGUGAGAGAAACCAUACAUUUAACUCGGCAGCUGAAGAAGUACCUGUGGAUUCCUUGUCAUGAGCAGAUGAGACAGGAAAGAGGAAGAGCCAGAAACGCGCUUACCAGUCGGCCCUCUGGCCUGAGGAGUCUGUGCUGUCUUAUAAAUAGGCACCAUCUCUUCGGAGUGGAUCCAGGCGUGGACUGCAGAACUAGAUUCACUCUUUGCUUACUGGGUGUUUCAUUGUUACCAUAAGAUGAACCUCUGGUUCAGCCACAGAUGUGAAAAUAAACGGAAGUUGAUUGUCUAGAAGGUGAAAGCUGAUGACUGAUCCUUUCUGCUGGAUAUUUGAUACUGGCGACACCAUAGCUGGGCUGUAGCUAGAGCAGAGCAUAAGUUCCCUCAGCAACAGCAAGUCUGCAGCGUUCUCGUU